UGUGACAAACUUACUCUCUCUCUCUCUUUUUAAAGGAGUCCUUCUGUUCCAAAUAUCUGUGUUAAUUUUAUUGGGUAUAUUCUAGUUUGAUUAUAUGAUUUACCUUGGCAAAAGUAAUUAUGAUUUUACAUGUUCAUAUCCCCCAUUCAGCUGUCUCCUCCUCUGUCAAGUUUUUCAUUUUCAGUUUAAUUGGACUUGGUUUCCUGGUCUUGAGUUUCAUAUUUGUCUCAUCCAGAGAAUGAGUUGUGUUUGGGAUUCUCUUGUUCUUCCAACAGGUAAAGGGUGGUUGAUCAUAAAUGAGGGGAAGAGAAAUGCACCAGAAGAGUCAGAGCGAGUGGGAUCAGGCUGGAAGUCAAAGAGAGGAAUGGAAGAGGAUGUUUUCCAGUUUUAUAAGCAGAAAAAUGCUUCAGAGGAUCCUAGCAGAGCUGUGAGGAAGCAGGAAAUUUACCAAAUGGAAAGAGUGGAUGCCUCUCUUCUGUGUGGGAGUGGUUACAAGGACUUCAGGGAUACUGCAGUCCAGCAAAGAAUCCACCCUGGCAAGAGGCAAAACAUCAGCCAUUCUUAUGGGAAAACCAAGAGACCUCUCAGAAGAGGAAAAUCACAGAUGUGUUUAAUCAGCCGAAGAAGCUUCUUGCACAGCUCAGAUCUCCUCACUCAUCAGAGAAUUCAUGUUGAUGAGAGAAUGUAUGAAUGCCUGGACUGUGGGAAAGAAUUCAGCCGGAAAUUUAACCUCCAACGGCAUCAGAGAAUCCACGCAGGCGAGAAACCAUACUACUGCUUAGAUUGUGGGAAAACCUUUGGGUGCAGUUGGCAACUUCGAGUUCAUCGGAGAAUCCACACAGGAGAGAAGCCAUAUAAGUGCACCUACUGUGGGAAAGAAUUUGGGCGCAGUUCAAACCUUGCACGUCACCAGCUAAUCCACACUAGAGAGAAACGAUAUGCAUGCUCGGAAUGUGGGAAAGGCUUCAGUCAAAAGUUUUACCUUAAUAAGCAUCGUAGAAUCCAUACAUGCAAGAUGCAAGUGAACACUCAAUGGGUGGAGAAAGCUGCAGUGUGAGCACAGUGCCUUGGCACUGGGACAGGGAAUAUACCGAUGAACAAAUAAUGCAGCAAAUGUCUUUGACAUGGUUCAGAAUGUUGCUUCAUAGGGAAAAGACGUGCUUGGAAGAUGCUUCUUUUCUAAGGACCAAUUGGAGAUUCUCAUUCUCUCUCUCUCUCGCUCUCUUUUGUAGUUUCUAGUCCCCAAAAGCUUCUGCUGCAAUAAAUCAGUUUGUCUCUAAGGUGCC